GACCGCGUUUGUUGCAAUAGAGUGGAAAAAAUGUGCCUCUGAGUUGAAAUGGCGAUCCAGUCAAAACCAAAACAACGCCCUCGCCGACAAAACCAUGGCCGGCAGCAGGACUUCUUCCCUCCGGAAAUUCUAGCUCUCUCCGUCGCAAGGCCAAGAAGCAAGGCGCGAACGCAGGCGAAGGAAGUCUACCAGAAGCCUUCGAUCUUCUCCGGAUCCCCGAAUUUAUUGGAGUAGUCCGCCGUCUAAUGGGACUUCCCAUCCACUGACAAGUUCCUACAAUGACGUCCAGACCUAUGGUGCUUUUUUGCCUACUCUUGUUAUUUAUCAUAACGUCUCAUUUUGAGUGGAAGCAGCAAAUCUUGAGUGAAGUUGAAGCAAAUCCAUCAGUCUCUCGUAGGAAGCAACAUAUGUUGGAUAAGGAAGAACUUGUUAAAGAAAAGAUAAUCUUAUCUCAAGAAAGUAGCAUUCGGCAACUCAAUAUGCUUGUCCAGAGCCUUCAGCGACAGUUGCUGCACUGCCGAGGCAGCAAUAAAACGACCCAUGGAACCGAAUCAUCUCUAACUGAAAAUGUUAAUGAAGUUGAGAAGCAGCUGAUCCUGGAAGAUUAAUGUUACAUGAUUUGAUUUGGAGCUAUCUUGCUGUAAUGGGUGAUAUUUCAUACUGGAAUCAUAUUUAUUUACUGGCCGCAGUCAUUCAGGUGAUCAAAAUCAAGACAUACAAUGCUAUAACUUGCUUCAUACAGAGAUGGUUUGAUUGUCUGGUAAAGGGGGAUGUUUGCAAUAUGAAAUCUUUAUUUUGUGUAUUGUCUUUCUGUGGUGAAUUCUUGUUGCCCUAAUUUGUAAUUAUGUAACUAUGUUUCUUUUAAUUGGUCCUAAAUUCUCUGAAGUGUCAUAGUAAAGCUUCUGCUACGGAAACUUUAUGAGUCAUUGGUUAUGGGAUCAUGCUGUUUCCAGUGGAUGCAACCUUUUCAUCAA